AGGCUAUCUCCAUUUCACACACACACAGAGAAAAGAGACAGACGCUUAGUAACUUGAUCAAGGUCAAGGGCUGGUGAGCGAGUAGCAGGGAGGAAACCGAAUAUUUCCACUUGGCCCAAGAACCUUGGUUGCGGCCCUUGAUGCCUGCCUGGGGGGCGGGGAGGUUCCAAGGUUCCUGGAGCAUCUGUCCCUGUGGGUCUCUGAGCCGACCUCGCGGGCCUGCACGCGCUGACACCCUCGGGUCUGGCUCCACCCUCCCCUGGCCCUUGGCUCAGCCCAGCGCCGCUCCAGCUCGAGGAUGCCCAGCUCCCGACUGUGACCCGCGUGCUUCGCCCGGCCACUCCCUUUCCCUAGAGCAAGCGUCCUGGGGCGCUUGUCUCGUCGCGGUCGCCUCUGAACCACGGCAUUCUUUAGAAGGAGCCGGGCGGGGACGCCUCUCGGGAUCGUACCGCGGCUCUAGCGCACCCGGGUGGCGGCACUGCGCUCGCGGGGCAGCUGCGGGGACGCGCGGAGGGGACGCCGCAGAGGGGAACCUGGAAGGGUAGCGGCGAGGGGCGCGGCGUCGCCGGAAGCUGGGGUGGGGGCACCCGGGCGCGAUGCAGUGAAGGGCGAGCGACGCGGCGGCGGCGAUGAGUGCCUCUGCGGCCACCGGGGUGUUCGUGCUGUCCCUCUCAGCCAUCCCGGUCACCUACAUCUUCAACCACCUGGCGGCCCAGCACGAUUCCUGGACCAUUGUUGGGGUUGCUGCCCUCAUCCUGCUCCUGGUGGCCCUUUUGGCUCGGGUCCUUGUCAAAAGAAAACCACCACGGGACCCUCUGUUUUACGUGUAUGCGGUGUUCGGAUUUACCAGCGUGGUGAACCUCAUCAUAGGCUUGGAGCAAGACGGCAUCAUUGAUGGGUUUAUGACUCACUACCUGAGAGAGGGUGAACCGUAUCUGAACACGGCCUAUGGGCACAUGAUCUGCUACUGGGAUGGCUCUGUUCAUUACCUGAUGUACCUGGUGAUGGUGGCCGCCAUCGCAUGGGAGGAGAGCUACAGAACCAUUGGCCUGUACUGGGUGGGCUCCAUCAUCAUGAGCAUUGUGGUCUUUGUGCCCGGAAACAUUGUAGGAAAAUAUGGAACACGGAUUUGCCCUGCAUUCUUCUUAAGCAUACCAUAUACGUGUCUUCCGGUCUGGGCUGGCUUCAGGAUCUACAGUCAGCCAUCAGAAAACUAUAAUUAUCCCUCAAAGGUUCUUCAAGAAGCCCAAGCGAAGGCCCUCCUGAGAAGACCAUUUGACCUCAUACUGGUUGUGUGUCUUUUCUUGGCGACUGGAUUUUGUCUGUUCAGAGGCCUGAUUGCUUUGGACUGCCCAGCUGAGCUCUGCCGACUCUACGCACAGUUUCAAGAGCCCUACCUAAAGGACCCUGCUGCUUAUCCUAAAAUUCAGAUGCUGGCAUACAUGUUCUAUUCUGUCCCUUACUUUGUGAUUGCACUGUAUGGCUUGGUGGUCCCUGGAUGCUCAUGGAUGCCCGACAUAACGCUGGUCCACGCGGGAGGUCUAGCUCAGGCGCAGUUUUCCCACAUCGGUGCAUCUCUCCACGCUAGAACUGCUUAUGUCUACAGAGUCCCCGAAGAAGCCAAAGUCCUGUUUUUAGCAUUAAACAUAGCAUACGGCGUUCUUCCUCAGCUCUUGGCCUACCGCUGCACCUACAGUCCCGAGUUCUUCAUGAGAACCAAGGCAGAUGAGAAGGUGGAAUGAAUAUACCUCACGUUAUCUCUGGUCCUGUUAGAUGGAACGGAUGCUGUACUUCAUUCCCGUCCAUGAUAACUUGAGAAUCAGACUCGUGCUCUGCGGUGUGGGUGUGAGUGGGAAUAAUGGCAUGUGUAUGGUAUAUUCUCUUGGUUGAAGGGAAACUGAAGAAAUAUGUCACAAUCUGUUUGUGAAUGUGACCAUGGAUCUUAACAGUGCACAUACUGUGUGACAGUUACAACUCCGGUGCCUACAAACAGCACAGAAUCAAACUAUUCAGGAGUGACUAACCAUAUUCACUAUGCAUAUGAAGAAACUCAAAACAGCAAAUACAGGUUGGAGAAAUAACUUCUUCACAUGAAAUGUACGACUCAUUGACAACCUUAAUAUAAACGCCAGAUCAGCAUAAUAUUCUUAAGUUGUUUGAAGUGUCUUCAUAAGGAAAGUACAUUGCUGUUGUUUUAAAAAGUUGAUAUCCAAACUUCCACUGUGAAUCUAAAUAGCUAAGAUGACACAAAUCAACCUUAUUAGUAGCUUUAAUGCAUACUUGUUUUACUGGUGGCUGGUAAUAUUUCUCUUCUGUGUAUACUUUCAACAAAAUUAUUUUUGUUGUUUUAUGAAGACAAACUUUAUUAAAUUUGAAGCAUUUGAUGUAUACAUUUCAUGACAAAUUUUGAACUUUUUAUUUAAGAAAUCUGUUAUAUGUUCCAUUUUAAAAUGUUAUCCAUAUUCUUCAUAUGUUUUAGUGUGAUCAAUGAAGAAGUCUUCUGGCGAAUUUCACUAAUUUUAACAUAAAAUAUUUGAAAUUAAAAAGUACCUUUUAAAGUUAAAACCUGAUGUGGCACCCUGUCUCUUAAUGAACUUUUGGUAUUUGGAACUGUGUGUGAACAACAGAGAAACAAGCCAAAAGCACAGUAGCCUCCUCAGUAUGCCCUGAAGGGGCAACUCCCACAGCCCAGCAUCACCUUCAUCAUCACGACACUGGCUUUUAGAUCUUCGUAUAUUUUGUCUUCAUGUUCGUUUCUUCUUCAACAAAAUAAGAAACCAAAAGAAAGUGGGAUGCACAUAAGGCUGUGUAUAAACCAGGGUCCACGGAGCUGCUGUGCUCUUAGACGUGCAGGCAGGUCACACUGUCGUUCCCUCCUGUCCCUCCCAGUGUUUUCAAUUAACCUAACAUCCAGAAUAGUUAAAAAGAAAAAGAUAGAAAAUAAAAUCCUCA